AUGGCUGACACAAACCCUCCUCCAAAUGAACAUGCACCGCCUGAAGGUCCGUCGAAGAGCGAACUAAAGAAACGUGCAAAAGCGGCGGAAAAGGAAAAGAAAGCUGCAGAAAAGGCUGCGAAGCAGGCGGAGUUGGCUGAGAAACAAGCAGAGGCAGAAGUGGAUUUUGCCAAAGAAUCCUACGGCCCUCUCCCUCUUCAUCAGUCCCAAUCGCGUCCUCGCAAGCCUCGAGCUCAAAUCGCCUCAUUGUCAUCUCGAGAUGGAGAGACAGUUUUAUUCAGGGCUCGUGUCCAUGCAUCCCGUGCGCAAGGCAACAAGAUGGUGUUCUUGAACCUCCGUCAAAGGACAGACUCAGUGCAGGCUUUGGUGAUGGUUAGUCCAGAGAAGAUUUCUAAACAGAUGGUUAAAUGGGCUGCCUCACUUGCGGACGAAAGUAUCGUUCUUGUCGAGGGUGUCGUCAAGAAGACUCCCGAACCCAUCAAGAGCGCUAGCGUUGAAGACGUCGAAGUACUUGUGAUUCAGAUACACCUCAUCUCUGGAGUCGAGAGAAGACUCCCAUUCACGGUCGACGACGCAAACCGUCCAGAUGCCGACAUUGACGCAGAGGGUGCUCAGUUCAACAGAGUGCUCCUUGACACGAGGCUUAAUAACCGAGUUAUCGAUCUGCGUACACAAACCAAUCAAGCGAUCUUCAGGUUGCAAUCCGCGAUCGGCGAUCUCUUCCGAGACUACCUUAGCUCAAACGGGUUUAUUGAAAUCCACUCACCCAAACUUCAAGGAGCUGCGACGGAAUCUGGGGCUUCAGUGUUCAAAGUCAACUACUUCAAAGGACAUGCCUUUCUGGCUCAGUCACCCCAAUUGGCGAAACAAAUGGCUAUCGCCGCUGAUUUCGAACGAGUUUAUGAAAUAGGGCCCGUUUUCAGAGCAGAAGAUUCCAACACUCAUCGUCAUCUCACCGAAUUUAUGGGACUGGAUCUGGAGAUGGCGAUUGAGGAGCAUUAUCACGAGGUUGUAGAACUCCUGGAUGGUCUUUUCAUUAGCAUCUUCCGUGGCUUGAAAGAGAAGUAUAAGAAAGAGAUUGACGUCGUCAACAAGCAAUUCCCGGCGGACGAAUUCAAGUGGAGAGAAGGAGACGAAGGAACUUUAAAGCUCACCUUUAGGCAAGCCCUUGAUCUUCUGGUAGAGGACGGUGUACCCAGAGAGGAAUUGGACGACAUCAAUACAGAAAACGAAAAAAGGCUCGGGAGGAUUGUUAAAGCGAAAUACGACACCGAUUAUUUCAUCAUUGACAAGUUUCCCAUCGAGCUUCGCCCAUUCUAUACAAUGCCAGAUCCGGAAGAUCCCACUCUUACCAACUCGUAUGAUUUCUUCAUGCGCGGUGAGGAGAUCUUAUCCGGAGCGCAGCGAAUACACGACCAGAAAGUACUUGCCGAGAAGAUGAUAGCUAAGGGUGUGGAUCCCGAGUCCAUGACAGGAUAUAUGGAUGCCUUCAGACUCGGUUGUCCUCCGCAUGGCGGCGGCGGGAUUGGGUUGGAGCGAGUCUUGAUGUUGUUUUUGAAACUCAACAACAUUCGGCGUGCAUCUCUAUUCCCAAGGGAUCCCAAAAGAUUGGAACCAUAA